AUGCUAUUUGAAGUCUCUCGAGCUGUACGAAGCCGUCGGGAAACUCGCAUCGACCGCGUCGAGUCUCUCUUAGCAGCCGGCGUCGAGCCAAAUGCACGAUUCGACAACCUAGAAUCGGUUCUCACAGGAGUCGCCGAGGACUGGGCCAGUGAAGACAAAAGUUCCAGGCCUCCUCUGUUCAAUCUCGACCAGACAGAACAACCUGCCCUUCGUCGAGCUACAGGCGAGUCCAAAGGUUCAUGCAGCUAUCUCGAUAAGCCCAAGGCCACACGUCUUAUGAAUGCCCUGCUCCAGCAUGGCGCAGACCCAUAUGCGCUUUAUCGGCAGCCGAUCCUCAAAUAUCGAUAUGUGCGCCUUUUCCCCGGGCAAACAAGAGACGAAGAGGUAGAUGACGAGGCGACGGACCUUGAUCGGAUGAGCUUCGCCCGCAGGGGAAUCAUGGAAAAAGCCCUCCGACUGGAACGUAAACGAUGCGAUCUCGAGCAAGGAGUAUAUGAUCCCAGUCGGGACGAAUUUAUCGGCGAUUUCGAAGGCAGUCUCGACGAUGUCAUCAAGUAUCUGGAUCUUCCUGUCAAUUACGGCGUGCGCAGUGUCAUUCAUACCCUACUCGAGGGCGGCAGGUUCGUCCAGCCUAUCUUCGACUUCCUGGGUGACACGCUGCAUGUCAAACGACGAGAUCCCCAGGGUCGGACGCUAUUUCUUGGGGCCUGUCGGAGCAGAGUCGGUCCAGAUGCUGCGACAAGUGGUGUCUAUGGAGGUCUUAGCACAAUCAACUACGACACUGGAAUCCACGAAAACCCUUACCCCCAAGCAGAGAAUCCAUGUAGGGAGUUUGAAGCCAGGAACUCUAAGGCUUGCAGUGGGCCAACAUUUCUCUCGUUUUUCAUCUCACAAGGAGCCGAUCUACUGGCCGUUGACAAUUACGGGAAAAACGCCCUCCACCUGCUGUUUACCUAUAUCGAUUGCGCUUGGAUAGGUCUACUACCGCCUAUCGAUACUACACUCAUGCACCUGAUCAAAACCUGCCCCAGUCUUAUUAAUCAGCCUGACAAGGCUGGCUCAUACCCUUUACAUCUGGCCAUCUGGCGAAUGAACUCCAUCAUGAUCCCAGCGCGAGACAGUCCGGCAUCAAUCUACCAUUUCGAAACUGCGGUAGACUCCCUUCUCGCUGCAAAUGCCGAUACUGCUGUCAGAGACGGGCGUGGGAAUACAUUGCUUCACUACCUGGCUGGGAGUAGACUGGGAGAAAGGGAUCGAAUGGGUGAUGGGCAAAGGCGUUUUCUGCGGAGCUUUCUCAAGGACGGUGUUGACCCUAGAGCACGUAAUGCGGCAGACAUGACGGCUCUGGAGAUCUUCUGCACGGUUAGCUACGAUGAAUUUGGUGAUGAGGGUUUUUAUGACCGGUAUUUUGCCAUUGCGCAAGAUGUUGCUGGGCAAUUUGAGAAGGCGGGGUACAAUAUCCAGGAGACAAAUGCGAAGGGGCAGAAUUUGCUGCAUUUGGUUGCCGGGCUUACGUCGUCUGAGGGGAUAUCUUGGUCUGCGUGGCCUUGGUUUCAACUCCUCCGGUCUAAGGGACUUGAUCCUAUGGCGAAAGAUGGGGAAGGGAAGACUCCGAUCGACAUUGCAGAGGAGAAUGAGAUUAUCAAUGUUUAA